CUCAACUUUGGUUUACAGGUGUCUAUUUCUCUGUGGCCACAGAUCAGAAUGGGAGGCGCAGAUCGAUGCUCACUGCAUCUCGGCAGGGCUCAAUCCAUUCCGGAAGCGUGGUUUGAUGAGCAAGUCGAACGUUAUCGCACCAGCAAUGAAAUCCUUCAAGGCUAUAUCUCCAAGGAAGUCGAGGUACUUAAAGCGUAUUACGGCCGCCAAGUCCGCCCACAAGACGCGGCUCGUGCUAUCACCCGCCCUAUUCAAACACAUCCAUACCUUCGGGCGGAACCUCUUCAGACGACAUUGUCCCGCUCACACAGCUAUGGAGGCUAGUCAAGGACGCGCUUGUCGAGUGGCCAUCAGUUCGCACGCCAGACCUCCCUCUUCUCCUCACUGCCAUUGCGAGGAGACGUGACCGAAUCCACCGAGGCGAGGCUCCCGAUGACGACGAACAGCCGCUGACAUGGACUUGCCUUCCAUACCUGAACAUGAUUUGGUCCGAAGCCUACUGGAUGGAACCGGGACAGAUUGUCAGACGGUGCAAUGGCGUGGAAUCCAGACAUCGUGCGAGGGACGCAUACAUUAAGCAGCAAGAUGCUGAGGCACAGUUGGUCGCAGCGGGCGUGUUCAAGUGGAGGCGCGCGUUCUGGUACCUCAUCAAAACACUAGAAAGUGUGGCAAAUCACAAUGACAAUACUGUAGCAUCCCGGGAUGACACAGCGGAGGUGCUGCUCCAAGCGGACUUCCAUAUCCCGGCUGUCGCCUGUUGGAUCAAGCACAACGGACGCAAGCUGUUCGACGAGAUUGCCAAAGAUGAACUCAGGCUUUGGAACGAGAGGGAUGUCCCAGUGGAGGCCCGGCACUUUGACCAGCCCACGAAGCGUUGGUCGUUUUGGGCAGAACGACUGAGCGAAUUUGCGAGAGACGAGCCGGACGACAUUGUCAAACGCGCGGCGUGCCACGCUGUGAAGAACAUGGAGGCCAUUGCAGGAGCAUCUUGCCGGUACAGUGCGCGGCAUGAUGAAAGAGACGGAACUUGUAUCAUUUGCCCAACUGUGACGGACGAUCUAAGGGUAGACUAGGACUUUCGGGCGG